GGGAGAGCGGAUAUAGUGAAUGCAGGGUCCGGGGAGACCGGAUAUAGUGAAUGCAGGGUCCGGGGAGAGCAGAUAUAGUGAAUGCGGGGUCCGGGGAGACUGGAUAUAGUGAAUGCGGGGUCCGGGGAGAGCAGAUAUAGUGAAUGCGGGGUCCGGGGAGAGCAGAUAUAGUGAAUGCGGGGUCCGGGGAGAGCGGAUAUAGUGAAUGCAGGGGUCCGGGGGAGAGCGGAUAUAGUGAAUGCAGGGUCCGGGGAGAGCGGAUAUAGUGAAUGCAGGGUCCGG